GAACGCGAAGAAAGGGAGGAAAGAGGGAGAUAAUAGCGCUGUGUCCCUAUUAUUGUAGGUAAAUCUGACAUGACGUGAACGCGGCAAAAGUGAGCAAGCUGUGGACAGGCACAUCGACAGGUUGUCUGCAGAAGCCGGAGAGUGACGGGCCAGCCAGCCAGCACAGCACUGGACAGAGGGCUAGCUGAACUAGCCAGAAGUUGCAGAAAUGUUGAGUCUGGGAAGCGGAGGGGGGAAAUCUGCCAAACCGUCGUUUGUUUCUUAUGUCACCCCAGAGGAAAUUAAUUCAGAGAAGGAUACCCCAAAGGAGGAGAAACAUCCUGAUUUAUUACCAGGCGAGGUGGUGUUCUGCAGUGCUAGUACAGUCCUCAAGCUUACCCAGGAUGAGCUGUCGCAGCGUGGCACUUUUGGGACUCUGCUCUGUACCAACUUCCGUGUGUCUUUCAUCAGUGAUGAGGAAACAGGCGAAGAAACGGCUCCCCUUUUCAAAAAUAAACUCUAUGGGGAAAAUGACAUUCCUCUCUCAUGUGUGGACAACAUCUAUGGAGGGUAUGAGGACAAAAGGAAGUUGGUGACAGGAAGCCAAGUAAAGAACAAGUAUCCCUCCAAAAUCAUUAUUCACUGCAAAGACCUGCGAGUGUUCCAGUUUGCUCUGACAUUCUGUAAAGAGGAGGAUGCAAAAAGGAUCUUCCAAGGAAUUGUCCACCACUGUUUAGAGCCUAAGUCUCUGAAAAAUAUCUUUGCCUUUUCCUUUUGUGAAAACACUGCUUUUCCAGAAAUGCAGAUGCAGCAGAGGACCAUGAUGUUUGACUCGGCUGAGGACUGGGCACAGGACCUGAAGAGAACAAAAGGGAGCUGCCGAUUGGUCACUGAGAAUGCAAAUUUUGGGCUUUCCCCCAACUUGCCCCAGUAUUUCAUUGUUCCAGAAAGUGUUUCUGAAGCAGACAUGACAUUGUUCCAGGGAAAGGGAUUACCAAUUUGGUGUUGGUCCCACCACAGUGGAUGCGCACUCUUCAAAACUUCAAAUCUGCCAUUGCAACAGGAGGAUAAUGUCCCACAAUCUUAUAUGGAAAAAAUGCUAACGGCUGUCGCUCAUAACUACCUUUACUCAGUGAAGACAGAGGACCUUUCUGACACUCUGCCUACCGUCCAGGAUAUACAGCUGUCUUACAGCAAGUUUAAACAGUUCUUCUUCAUUGACAGCACAACAGACUUUUGGGUGUCAGAUAUGAAAUGGUUCUCCUCACUUGACAACUGUGGAUGGUUGGACAUUAUCAGGCAGUGUCUUCAGAAAGCCAUGGAGGUAGUGGAGUGCCUUGAAAAGGAAAACAACAAUGUUCUGAUAAUGGAGGACGGUGGCUCAGACCUUUGCUGUGUCAUCUCCAGUCUGGCCCAGCUGAUGCUGGAUUCAUACUAUAGGACCUUGCAAGGGUUCCAGAGCCUGGUCCAGAAGGAAUGGGUGGCAGGCGGCCACAACUUCCUGGACCGCUGCAACCAGCUGCACCUCAAGGACAAAGAGAAUGUUUCUCCAGUCUUCCUGCUUUUCCUGGAGUGUGUAUGGCAGCUCCUUCAGCAGUAUGGACCAGCCUUCCAGUUCUCAGAGACCUACCUGACCGUUCUGUCAGACAGCAUUCACGUCCCAGUCUUCAGCACCUUCCUCUUCAACUCCCAGCACCACAGGGCCAGCAUCCUCAGGCAGGCUGAUUCGUCACACUCACAAAGAGGCACAUUGAACUGCCCCACCGUGUGGGACUGGUCUGUACAGUUUGACUGCAAGGCCCAGCAACUCUUCAUUAACCCUCUGUAUGCCGAGAAGCCCAAGCUGGACAAGUCUAUGAGGAGGCCCCACCGUCCUAAGCAUCAGAGACAGCUUUCCUUGCCCAGUGCCACUUUCAAGACCCCUCCAAAGAAAGGCUUCUUUAAGGAUGAGACAGACAGCCUGAAGAAGAUCCUACGGGUCAAACGCAUCAGCCGCUGGAUGCUUUCACCGGAUUCCCCACAGCCCUCCUCCACCAGCAGAGAGUUCUAUGAAGCCUGGCAGCGCAAACCUUUGGAUUACCAUGGUCUGCUGCUGCCUUGCCUGGAUGGUCCUGCAGUUCGGAUCUGGAUGCAGAGGUAUCUCCGCUGGAUCCAGGAGGUGCAGAUCUUUGGUGGUGGCCUGGUCACUGUCCUCAGCAAAGUGUCUGACCUGCUUGAUGAAGUUCAAGAGCUCCAGAGGCAGCUCGAUCGUCACAGCAGCAGCUUGACUUCCAAUCACCAAAGACCCAGGCCCAGACCUAUCUCAGCUGAGACUGAUAGCAGGUUAUCUGUACUCCUGUCAUCAUCGUUUCCUUUCACCACACUGAAAAAUAAUUGGUCCUACAAGCCGGCCAUCCCCACUGGCCUGCUUCAGAGUCUUAUGAAUUCAGGGAAUUUAGCAGACACCGAGGAUGACGACCAAGAAUCUCUGGUCCGAGCGUAGCAGAUGUCACAAGUGGAACCACUGGGUCAUCUUAAAGAUGUCAUGUGAUGUCAGGUGAUGCUGGGUAGAAUAAUCUAGCAAGAUACUGCCUCAAAGAACAAUGUGACACCAGUGGUGUCACUGGUGGUGCACUGACGAAUCCUGAGCUUAGAACAUUUUCCAAUAAGGGGCUAUACAAGGAAGUAACUGUGAUGAAUGCUUUACCUUAAACACUGCAUAUUGAUGCAAUAGAGCAAUAUCCAAAGAGGCUAGUAUGUUGUUGACUGCAGAUCUUGGGGCAUGACUUUGAGUAGCACCUUACCAAACAUUUAAUGCCUACAUCAGAUUGCAGGGUGAGGAACAUUUGCCUAAAGUCUCUUUUAGAAUUGUUUGAAAUUGGAAGAUUUUCAACAAAUACUAGAGGUUGCUUCUUUAGAACAAAGCCAUUUCUUGUAUGAUGCUGCUUUCAGUAAUGUAGUGGUUGAUGGACCAAAUGUAACAAAGCUAAAUAAAUAAAUAAGCAUUAGAGCCAUUAGGUUGAUGGGUAGCCAUUUUUUGUACAAAAUGUUUUUUUUAACCCAGUUCCAGUAUGUUGGAUCACGGCUGUAGAUCCAGGUUCUAAAUCCAUUCUUCAAGUGUAGGAUCACCAGAUUUAACUACAGCUACCUUCUAUGUCAUUAUUUAAGUUUGUCCAAGCUGUCUUAAAAAAAACACAGCACUGUUUGUUUGUAAUGUGCCUUGUUUGUUCUUGAUCUAGCAUGUCUUCCUCUAUCUUCAUUUGUGAGAAGAUGAUACGCUCAACAACAUUCAGGUCCUUAGUUGCAACACAGUGGACUACAGGUUAUUCAAGGAGAGAUUAUACAUGCUGCAAAAAAAUGUUUGCUUAUUGCAGAACCAUCUGCUGACCACAUUAAGGACCAGGUCUCAUUUGAAAGGGAAGAUGGAAAUCUUUACAUUUUUUUUUUUUGAGAAAUUGACAGUUGCUUCGUUAGAAUUUUACAAGUGAGUUAAUGUGGAAUAAAACUAUUUGUAUUUCAGAUGAUGUUUAUCAGUAACAUCAUAUCUUCAUGUGUAGCCAAUGCAAUUUGUAAUACUUUGUCAGGAAAUUUCCAACAUUAUGGUUUGAGUAAGGAAUUUUUGUGAGGCCCUAAGUUUGCAGGAAGCUCAUUCAUGCUAUAUAUGUAUGCAAAAAUAUUACUAUUUUACUAUUUACAAUUUUAGAUAAAGAAUUUAAUUUUAUACUCAUUAUCCACAGUUGUCAAGUAUAUGGUAAAUAAGUAAUAGGAACUAGUAUGUGGAAGAAAAAUUAUGUGGGCUAGUAUGUAAAUCUAAUGGACGUUAUUUGUAAUUAGCAUUAAUUCAUUAGUGAGUAUUAAAAAUAACUCAACAGCAUCAGUGAUACCAAUAAGUGAUUUGAGUUUACUUAGAAUGUGUCUGACAUCUUUUAUAUGCAAAAUACAUUUCCCUCAAGACACAUUCAGUAUAUUGAGUUGCUAUUUAAUCAGCUGUCUCUUUUUCACACUGUGGCUGUGGAAACAGGCUGUCCAAACUUCAAACUGAUUCCAUUUUACUACUGAUAGAAGUUAUUGUGGGAGCGUAAAAUGAACUCAUGUGUAGAAUAGAAUGUCUUUUUCACUUAAUGAAAGCGAUAUCUUUUGUGUUCAUAGAAAAUUUGGGCACUGUUACUGUAAGCUAUGAAAGGAAGAUGAAGCUUGAAAGGUAGAAAUACGUUGAGUUUAUUUUCUUAUGGACCAACAGCACUGCUGCCUAACUAAUGCUUUGUAUAUGCCUUAAAGGAUAUUACCGGUAUUUUUUUUUUUUUUUUUUAAAUUCCCCAGCGGCCUAAGUUGCUCCUCUUAUUUUCUAAUUUCUCCCUGGUGGUGUCUGCUCAGUGUUGUGGAUGUUGAGUUUUUCCCACCUUCAGAACAAGCCACUCACUGACAUUUCAUUCUUGUACAGUUAGGGGGAAAAAAAAUCUGCCGACCUCAAAAUUGUCCAGUUUAGAUAAUCCAUCACAUUAAACACAAAGCCUUAAUUUGGUUUGGUCAGUAGACAACCAAAGGAAGAAAUGGAAGUCUCCACCAGGAAACAAUCCCUGGGUACAGAGGCAAAAUGCAUUCACUUGAGAAAACAAAUCUGCCUUGUUUUUCUGAAUAAAUAAUUAUUUUAGGAUUAUGAGACAGUUGUCAUUAAUUUAGAUUCUCAUAAUCCUGAGAUGAUUAUUUCAUUCAUUUGGAAAAAAUAAACAGCAGAAUUUCUUCCUAUGAAAACCUUUCUCAUAAUUCUGAGAUAAUUCUCAUUAAAGCAGCAACCCAGAUAUAAUUAUCUGAUAUAAUUAUCUAUAAUUACCUGAUAUAAGUAUCUCAUUAAUUUAGAAAAACAGGCCAGAAUUAUUUGUUUUUUCCCCAAGUGAAUGCAAUAUGCUUCGGUACCUAACAACAUGUUGCCUUAUAAAAUUUACUGUGGCAUUUAGCUCUUAAUUUCAAAUUCUGUUUGGCGCCAUGAAGUUAGUAUUUUGAGAAGCCCAAAAAGAAGUGGAUGUUAAAAUGAGUGUGCAACAUAAUCUCCACAUACAUAGAAGUGAAGAAGCAAAUGGAAUGUAACUAGAACCUGAUACUGGUAUACUCUUUUAAGCUUUGGGGUACACUGAAAACAGGGAGGAACAGAUAUACUGUUAUUUACUACUGGCAUUAAAGAUGAAAUCAUUUUCUAUUUUUAUAAAACUGUAAGUGUUUUCUUUGCACAACUAACAGAACGCUGAAACUGUAAUACACUUAAACUGCUUUGUGGCAAGCAAAUAAAUCAGACGUGACAAAAUGUGGAGUCUAAUCGUACUUUGUAGAUUUGUGGUUUGUAAUAAGACAACUCUACGUGCAUAUUCCUGUACCGCAACCUGUCACAAUCUGUUCUUCCUAAGACUCACGAUGCAUUACAGUGUAAAGGUUGUUUUUAUUUUGUACUUGCCAGGGUGUUGCAUUUAGAAACUAUCGGGAUGGAAUAGAGGUAACCCAAGAAUGUGUACUGUGUCAUCUACGAUGAUGUAAUAGUGCCAUUUCAUGUAUGUAUGUGUGUGUGUGUGGAAAAGAAAACUCAGAUGGAAAAAAACUAGAGAUUAAGGCCAUAAACUUACAUGAGAAAAAAAUCAAUUGUUUUUCUUUUACUUUUUGGUCAAAGAACCACAUGGCUUGACUUUGCCAAGUUGGAUAACCAAACUAGAGCUCGGAUCAGCUGCGUACCCGAUCUGAGCCUGAGAUUUUGCCCGACCUCCAUCACUAGGUUACAUUUACUGCCUCAAACAGCCUACGUGUUGCCUUUAGUGUCCUCACGUAAACUCCAG